AUGGAAGUCGCGUUACGUUUAGCGGCGACUCUAUUUUCUGUUGUACCUCUGGUCGAACUUGUAGAGCAUCAUCAGGCGGAGAUUUUGCAAGCACUAAACUCAAAUCGUGUUGCGCUAGUUUGUUUCGUUCUCAAUAAGCUAGUUGAUGGGUUACACGAAACUAGUCUAUCAGCUGAUUGUAUUCCUGAUGCCAUCCUCAAUGAUAUUCUAUCAUUGGUUCUUCAUGAGGAGCUUCGCAUCUCACAGGUGGCUUCCCAAUUUCUUUCCGUAAUGGCUCUAGAAUUAUGCGGUGGUCUUGAAAGGCUACUUAGUUAUCUCAAGUCAAAAGCCCCGCCAACACUUUACCCGAAGGCAGAACAUGUACUUCGUAUUUCCGAACUGGUCGUUAAGUUAGCUGUUACAGAACCCUCCAAGUUUUCUCUCAUCGAAGAUUCCCAGUUGUUGCAACCUGUUUUGGACGGACUGCUUGUUGAAGAUCCUCUCACGAACCUGAAUUUUCUACAGAUUGCUAAAGCACUAUCCAGUGUACCACUGGCCUACGACUGGCUCGAUAGUCGCGGUGUCUUUAGAAACUUAUUAAAUCGGCUCCUUUCGAUGGAUUCGGAUGGUUUCCGAAACUUAAUACUUCCAGGUAAAUUUCAGUUCUUAUUUUACGGAAGGAUUCGUGAUAGUAAUCAGAGCAAAAGUUAUUGGAGGACACAUUGUCUUUGA